GGCAGCCAGGGCCGGGCACGCUCCCCCAGAGCCUGCCGCCCACACCCUCUCCUGUCCCUCUGUCCGCCUGGCCAGCGCCCGGCCGCCGGCCCGUGGAUGAGCCACAGGACCUCCUCCACCUUCAGAGCGGAGAGAAGCUUCCACUCCUCCUCGUCCUCAUCCUCGUCCUCAUCCUCGUCCUCAUCCUCCUCAGCCUCCCGUGCCCUCCCGGCCCAGGACCCACCCAUGGAGAAAGCCCUGAGCAUGUUUUCCGAGGAUUUUGGCAGCUUCAUGCGGCCCCGCUCGGAGCCCCUGGCCUUCCCAGCCCGGCCCGGGGGACAGGGCAACAUCAAGACUCUCAGGGACGCCUAUGAGUUUGCGGUGGACGUGAGUGACUUCUCACCUGAAGACAUCAUCGUCACCACCUCCAACAACCAAAUCGAGGUGCGGGCUGAGAAGCUGGCAGCUGAUGGCACAGUCAUGAACACCUUCGCUCACAAGUGCCAGUUGCCUGAGGACGUGGACCCCACUUCAGUGACCUCGGCCCUGAGGGAGGACGGCAGCCUCACCAUCCGGGCCCGGCGCCACCCGCACACGGAGCACGUCCAGCAGACCUUCCGGACGGAGAUCAAAAUCUGAGGGCCUCCCCCUCCCCGUCCCCUCCCGUUUCCCCUCUUCUGCCCCCACUGGCCUGCCAGAGACGUUUUCCUCACCCCUCAUGACAGCUUGCAGAACAUCUCAGCUCAAGUUCCAGGCCCUGAGGUGGGUCACCUACCCCCUGCCCGCUAAACUGAGGCCUUCUGCUCUCCAGGGCAGGCCAGGGAACCUUUUGCCUUACCAAUGGCCCCCAGAUUCCAGAUGUGGCCUCUUUCACUGAAUCCGGAAUAAAGGGAUUUAGAUGGAAAA